UGUCCGUCCAGCAGAGGGCGGUGGCGGCCUCGCUGCUGCUGCCGGUGGUGAUGAAGAACAAUCACUUCCGCUGCCCCAUUCCGUCACUACACUUUGUACAGCGAGACAGUCAGAAUGGCAGGCCGUCGUGUAGCCCUGAAAGCAAUUGACUGGGUGGCGUUUGCUGAGCGGGUUCCACCCAACCAGAGGGGCAUGUUCAACGCACUGAAGACUCGCAGUGAUGCCAUCACUGCCAAACUGAACUCCCUGCCACAGACUGCUGCAGUCAUCGACUGGAAUCUCUACAGGACCACAGUGGCCAAAGCCGGGAUGGUUGAUGAGUUUGAGAAGAAGUUCAAAGCCCUGCAGAUUCCUGAGCCUGUUGACACACAGACCAGUGUCGUCAAUGCACAGGAGGCCGAAACUAGUAAAGAUGCGUUAACCUACGUUGAAGCAUCUAUGGCCCGCAUCGCUCAGUAUGAGAAAGAGCUGGAUAAGCUUAACAACAUGCUCCCCUUCGACCAGAUGACCACCGAGGACCUCAACGAAGUCUUUCCCAAUACCAAGUUGGACAUGGCUAAAUACCCCUACUGGCCCCACCAGCCCAUUGCCAACCUGUAGUCCUAUUAUUGGCCACUCACCUCAAAAUAAAGUUAAUGUAUUUUAAAGAGA